AUGAAUAAAGAGAUCACUUUGUAGUAACUUUUGUUUUCCCCUAAAAAACCAUAUUUCAAUUGUUCAGGUUAUGUUUUCAUAUUUGUGUGAAUUGUAAAUUCCAUUUUUACUAGUUCGUUAUUUCAGAGGUUACUUCCUCACUACAAUUUGAGUAAUAAUCAAGUUAUCGCUAUCGCCUCGCGUCAGAAAUGUCAGAAAACAACGAAAUUGCCGGUGCCAUAACAUACCCGAAAGGUAAAAAUGUGGAGAACGGAUCUGAUGCAGCUCCUAUUAGUCAACCUAGGCAACCUACUGAUCUACAAGGACUAUUACGAUUCGCAAUGGAGGCGACAAAGGCAGAGGAUGCGCCGAACGAAUCGUCAGUCGGACCUAUAGACGAGGAACGGAAGAAGUUUCUCGAAAACGCCCUCGCUUCCAUGUCCGUUGACGUGAUCGAAAUUUUACAGACCAACAUUAAGAUCUUGCAAAACUGCGACGUGCUCACCGAAAGCGGCGAUAUCGCUCAACAUGUACUCGCGUUAGAAACAAUUUUGGAUUAUAUCGACAAUACCGAUGUCGCAAACGAUUUCCACAAAAUAGGCGGAUUCUCCAUCUUCAAUCCGUGCCUGAAGUGCGUCAAAUCGGAGAUAAGAGCGGGCGCCUGCGACGUUAUAGCCGAGCUUUGUCAAAAUAAUCCGUACUGUCAGCGGAUGGUGCUCGACGCAGCCCUAAUUCCGACACUUGUAAAGAUUUUAGCGACGGACUCCAGCAACACCGUGUGCGUCAAGGCGCUUUACGCGAUUAGCUGCGUUAUACGACAGUAUACGGAAGGGUUUCACCAGUUCGUUCAGUACGAGGGACUUUCCGUUUUACUGAAAACGUUGCAGAAGAAUGACGACAAACUUACAACAAAAACCACAUUCCUGUUAUCGUCGCUGUGCGGCACUCAGCCAGAUCUGAUGAGCAGGUUGGUAUUUUUGGAGUACGUUCCUCUGCUGAUCUCGUUGCUGAACAAUGUGAGAAAACCAAGUCACGAGCACAUAUUGUCUUUGCUUUUGCUGCUAGCCACCGAGAAUCAUUCCGCCAUGAUGUGCUGUAAGGAUCCAAAGUACAAAUUGCAGGGAAUAUUAGAGAAUCAUAUAAAGAUUGUCGCGGGCAAGGAGGAGUAUCAAGAGGAGGAAUCGUACUGCCGACAAUUAUUAAGGCUUUUAUUCCCUGCAGCUAAUGGCUUAUAAUGUUAAAUUCUUUGUAAAUAAAUGUGUAUUUAGAUUUUA